AUGUCAAUUCUGCAAAGCAUCAAACCAUUCUGGCCGCUUCUGUUCACAUUCGUCCUGCCACGGGCCAUCAAUUACUAUCGCGUGGUUAAAAUUGCUAUCCGGACCAGGCCGCCUCCGAGACCACUCCCACAACAAACUAGCCACGGACUCAACGUACUCUUCGCCUCCAUAUGCAUAUCCAUCUAUCUGUCAUUGCCGCUCCUAGGCAAGAUUGAAGAUCAUAAUGUCUUCGUCGUCACUCAGUCUCACUUUUCUCAGCCCACUGAUAUUCUGUUCCAACGCCUGGCGCUCAUGCGAGAUCAUGGAAUCCUGACACCAAUUGACGAGGAACUCAAGUCGAAGCUUACUACUCAAUCACUUCGCCAAUUAUACCUCCGCUUUGGCCCUUCAACUUUACUUGACUGUACAUUCUGCCAUCCAAACGACGCCUUUACGUAUCUCUUGUACCACCUACCGACCAACAUACUUCUCCCGCACCUCAUUCACAUCCUGGCGCUUGGUGUUGCCACCUCUGAGUCCGUCUCUGGGGUCGAAGCUCGCCACUGGCGACGGUUGAGUCUCAUCGGCGCCGUGAUCUUGUUCUCGCUCGACAUCUGGCAGGCCGUCACCUAUACACCCGUCACAGCUCCGAUGACCCCUUCUCCGGCCGGCACGUUCUGGCUCGCCUCAACCCUACGCUACCUAUCAUUUUCCCUCUUCGAUGGCCUCGUCGCCUUUCUUAUCUAUGCAUCAGCCACUGGCCGGUUCCUCCUCUUCAGUGCUCCAUCGUCGGCAGAUCCCACACUGGCAAAACGUCGCACCGAAGAACUCCUUACGAAGAUGAACCUGGCCUUGCAGAUGACGUCGAACAAUCUCAGGGCGUUUUCGGUGGUGAGAAAUGCCGUUGUCAGGGACAGCAGCCUCAAAGCCGUUGACGACGAGUAUUGGCGGACCGUUGUGGCUAUCGAGAGCGAUGCCGCCACUGACGAGAGCCUUUUUGAGGAUGAAGAAGUCCAGGCUGCAUUGGCAAAGGUCUAUGGCACGGGCAAAGUCGACGUCCAGACUAUGAGGCGGGAGGCUGAUGCCUUCGUCAGGAACGUGACUAAGGGCCUUUGA